AAUGUGGCAACACUGUCGCUAUUGAACAUGGAGAAUUCAACGAUCGUAUAGGUAACAAACUGAACCCAACUUUCAUUCUUGUAGUCGCUUCUCUGGUUGUCCGUUGUGUGCGGUCCAAAAGAACAGAAAUUCAUUCUGUACCAUUUUCGGUGACAGAACAUGUGAUUUCGGUUAUCGAAAAGUGCUUGUAGUUUCGAAGGCAAUAUUAUAGAACAAAAAAAAAUGCGUGGUAUUAGUGUCAAGUGUAGGAUUUUUGUAACAGUUCUAAUAAUUGCACAUGUCAGAGAGACAUGCAGUCAGUUAACAGAAACAGACUUCGUUCCACAAGUUUCGGCUACGUGUAAAGGAAACCACAUGAAUAUUCGAGUGAAUUUUAAUAACUCGUUUAGUGGAGCUGUACACGCUAGGGAUUUCCGGACGACGUCUUGUAUGAAAUAUGGAGACGGCUCAAAAUCAGUUACACUCGACAUCAAUUAUAUGGCUCAGCCUGGAGCGCCAGAUUAUUGCGGACUGUUUGUUAACAAUAAAACGGAAGAGCGUUCAGUACCUAUAGCAGUCCGUAUUCAUCGUACACUCGAGCUGGCCGACGAUAAAUUCUACGUUAUUACUUGCGGAAAAUUGGGCUUUAGAAAUUCCAGAAACGAAACUUCCUCGGUAUCUCUGAGACUUAUUGAAAAUAACCGAAAAGUCACCGAAGCAGUUUAUCAUCGACCAUACACCUUACGAACUGAAAUAUCCAGACCGGACGGUAUAUAUGGAUUUAGAGUUAAGAACUGUUUUGCCUUCAACAAACCCAAUGACACCGUACUACUUUUGGACGACAGAGGAUGUCCGGUAGACGAAGAUACACUUUUAGGUCCGUUUGCUUACGAUAUCAAAACAGGAACUGCGAAUGCGCAACUCAAAUCGAUGUUCAGGUUUCCAGAUAGCUCCGAAGUCCAUUUUCAGUGUGACGUAUCCCUUUGCAAAGAUACUUGUCCUCAGUUAAUAUGUAGCGGAGAUUCAGUAAAAUCUAGAGCGCUAAACGCAGACGAAGGUGUACUAAUGGCAGCUACAAGUGUCUUCGUUGUAGAUCCAGCCGACGCUCCACGGAUACAAGAAUUAUGCGACGAUGGAAACGUACAUCCUUCAUGGCUACUGUGGUUAUGUGUAGCACUAGGUAUACUGUUCUUAUUGAUGUUGAUAAUAAAUAUUUUCCUAUGCUCCGCCAUGACUUGCGCCUGCGCUAGAACGGAAAUUAUCGAAAAGGAACCUAGUAUAAUAGAAGAUUACGAUCCUUAUAGAAGCUGGCACGGAAGUCAGUACGGAUCAAGGUAUUCCUUAAACGGAGCGCCUCAUAAUCCAAAAGGAUACGCGUCAGGUGGUUCGACAAUGAAUUCAACGCGAUCCGUAUCUUCACACAGCGACCAUUACGCCAUCGUCCAUUCAAGACCCGGUAGUAGAAGUUAUAAUUCCAAACCACGAGGUCCUCCGUCACACAUCGGAAGUCACUAUAGCAACAAAUAGAAUUAAUUAAAGAUAAUAGGUACCUUUGAAUGUGUUCACCAAAUCAAAAUGAACUACCAUAUAGUCGCACUAAAAGUUUAAGUGAAAAUUUUCAAGAAUAGACGUGAAAUAUUGGAACUAAUCAGUUUUAUAAACCGAAAAAUGAACAAUAUUAGACGAUAAAAGUGUAAAACGCAUCAAUUAUCUUAUCAUUUCGACCAUAUCCUUCCCUUCCUUACCACGCUUAUUAUUCUCUAUUCUCUCUCUAAGGAGCUACUCGAGAUCCUGGUAAUCAUCGUUAACAAGUCUUUUAAUAUCCUUUAUUCUUCCAAGUUACCUUCUCUGUUGUAAUACAUCAUCUUCUUCAUCUAGAUAUUGAAUCGAAUCCACAACUCUUCAAAUAUUUUCCUAGUAGUGUCGUCCAUGAUCCAUUGACUCUAAUUCUGAUCCAUGUUUUGAUAGAUCUACUAAAUCCUGAUGUUUCAAGAUGUAUCCUUGCUUCAUACGCGUUUUCUAUGCUGCUUGAGAUUUUUUUUAAUGGAGCAAAGGACCUCUAUAAUGUCCGUUUCAGUAAAUGUAGAAAAAAAAUAAAGUUACCCUUCGAUUGAUUAAAAUGUAGGAGCGGAUAAACUCUUCAUAGAACCUGAUCUUUUAGUAACAUCAGUUACAAAACAAUACAGCACUGAAAAAGAAGGUUUGAAGAGGUCUACGGAGGUUGAGACAGACAAAGACGCUCCUGUCAACCCCUUGUCAAUGGACACUUGAAGACGCUAAUUCCAGCAGACAAUGCACGUGCAGUGCAGUUCUGUUAUGUAGAGGAGAAGACCUCCAUCUACAUUCUUUGGAAAUCUACAACAUUUCACAUGGAAAGAUAUGAAAUAGAAGAUGAAGAACAGCUUUGAUUACAUAUCGGUUAUUUGCUGUUGCUUCAAAUUGAAUAUUUCUUUCCUCAAAUCUAUACUUCUUGUACAUUGUACACAAAACAAAUCAUAUUAUUAAAAUCAGAACAUUAUCGUGUAAUUUCGUCACUAAUUAUUCUAAAAUGAAUUACAGACAAUACUAGAUUGUAAGGUAAGAUAAUAAAAUUACUAAUUUGGAUGAAUGUAAGUUAAUUUAGAUGCGUGCUCUUGCUCUAUCUCUAAUAAAUUAUAUUGAACGAUUUCUCUAAAACUGACUUUGCUUAUUUGUCGACCUAGUAUUGACGAGUAACUUUAUAAUUAUGCUUCAAUGUUUUUUUUUUCAAAUAAGAAAUUAACUAUAUACUUUGUUUCAAACUACGAUAAAUACUUGAUAUAAUUCUUCAGCGUCCCCUUUACAAUUUGAGUUAACUAAAGUUGCAAGCCUUCAAUAAUAAAUUAUCACGCAAUAUUAUAUUUUUGUUUUUCUUUAAUUGUACACACUUAACUAUUGUGAUAAAUACUACACAUCAAUUUUAAUAAGUUUUAAUGUUAUUUUAAUCCUGGUAUACCCAUUAAUAUUAUUAAUAAUUAUCGAUAAAGAUUUUUCAAAACUAACAAGAAAAAAAUAUUAUCUAGUCCAUUAAUUGACAGAAAAUAAAAUUCUUAUUAUAUAAUAGGAAGUAUGAUAUCUAACUGAAUUUAAAGGAAUUUGAAAAUGUAAAUUAUAUUAAUAUAUAGGUUAAUGAUCGAUUGUUAAAAAUUGUAAAGAAAACUGUAAUCACCUUUGUAAAUAUUAUUAUACAACAAUAAAUUUGUGAUUAAUU